AACUAAGCUAAACUAUACCCCUCACCUUGUCCCCUUUUCCUCAUUAAUUAAUUUCGUCAACCAUUUUCAUGUGAAUCCAAAUAUGAUCCCUCUCUAACUCUUCCACCUCUUCCCUUUUCUUGCUAGUGACGAUGGCCUCUUCUCAUCACAGAAAAUUCACCCAAAAAUACGCCACCACAGAUUGCUACUUAUGCUAUGUUUGCCCCGAAAAUUGCUACCUCCCAUCACCGCCACCUCCACCGCCUCCGCCGGUGGAUUUUUCCGGCGAAAAUCCGACCAAAAAUCACGUGCCGACAGUCCUAAUUUUGAUGCUCUGCGUUCUCGGAGUCGCAUUUCUAGUCCUAUCGUACCUCACACUCGCCCGAUACCGGCGUCGGAGAAACACGGCGUCUCUGGAACCUUCUAGAACAAGUUUCGCCAGCGAGAACCAGGGCCGGAUCGCGGUGGACCACCCGAUCUGGUACAUCCGCACCGUGGGGCUGCCCCAGUCCGCGAUCGACGCGAUGGCGUUGUUCGCGUACCGGAAGGCGGACGGCCUGGUCGACGGGAACGACUGCGCCGUCUGCCUGGCCGACUUCCGCGACGGGGACGCGGUGCGGCUGCUCCCCAAGUGCGGCCACGCCUUCCACGUGGACUGCAUCGACACGUGGCUGCGGUCGCACAAGAGCUGCCCCGUGUGCCGCGCCCCCGUCGCCCCGGACCUGGCGCCGCCGCCGGCGGGCAAUCCGAGCCGAGCCGAGUCGGGAUCGACCAUCAGAGGCGGAUCGAGCCCGGCGGCGGCGGCGGCAGAGGUGCGGGGCGUGAGGAGAUCGGUGUCGAUGGAUUUGUCGUGUGCCUCGAAUUCGAGCAUUUAUAGGGCGAUGAAGAGAUCGCAAUCGUUUCAAUUGCAAUCACGGUAGAUAAUAGGUAUAGAUUUUAUUCAUCCUAAAUUUUAAUUAAAUUUGAGACUGUUUGGAUGUAUCAAUACGGAAUCUAUAUUUUUAUUCAUGAUUAUAUAUUCUUCUAAGAAGUUGUAAAUAUUUUGAUAGAAUAUAACGAUCUCAUUUUAUGGUUGAACUA